AUGAAAUCCCUGGAGCCAGUCAAGAGCGAAGAAGCAUCGCAGAAGGAUGUAACCCCGCCAGUCGAUCAACAAGCUGCGACUUCCGAGCCGAGAGACGUCCCACUUGGAUCUACCACCGUUGAAGUGCAGCGAGAUGCUUCGUCUGAGACCCGAGUUUACACGGUCUGGGCAAGCGACGUCCACAACGAAGCCCAGGUCAAUGAGACGCGCACUUGGCUCAAGAGCCUUGUCAAAGACAAAGACAGGAUGCGUGACCAGCUGGGAUGGACCUGGGACACCUACGAAGAUUUCCCCAGAGAAGAGUGGGACAGGCUGGCCGAUGAAGGCAGGUUAGAAGAGGAGUUCGACAAUUACGAAGUGGUGCGUUGCUGGUCAGGCGUGGUCUUGGACCAGGCUGGAUACGAGAAGGUCGCAGCCAAAACGGAAUGGAUAGAGGCAAUUGAAGCUAACCUACACACUUCGGACAUGAACGCACAUGCACUUCCGACAAAGACAUAUACCGUCUACGCAGCCGACAUCAGGAACGAGGCCCAAGUCAACGAAACUCGGGUUUGGCUUGAAGGUUUGACCAAGGACAAGUCUAAGAUGCGCGAGGACAAGAGGUUUCCCUGGGAUGAGCCCGAAGACAUACCAGAAGACGAACUCGAUAAAUUGUAUGACGAGGGCAGGCUCGACGCUGAGCUUGACAAUUACGAAGUAGUUUACGCGUGGGGAGGCGUUAUACUAGACCAGUCAGGGUACGACGAGGUGGUGGCCAAGAAGGAAUGGGUGGAGCAUGUCGAGGAUCCGAGUCAAUACCACGAAGUAGAGAUGAGUGCUGUCCCCAGAAUGAGUAUCAAGACCACGGGAACCUUGGAAGCUCGGAAAUUCGAAUGGGGAGAUUGGCAGAAGCAGGAGGGUGCAGCGCGGGACUUGGUCCAAGUCAGCUGUUAUGAGGGAAGCAAUUUGGACGACUUCAAGGACUACGUUUACGAGAAGAGAGCUGGAGAGGGAGUACAUGUGUAUGUUUUGGAUCAUGGAGAAACCGGCGAAAAAGUGUUUCCAGGAUUCGACAACGAACAGGACAAUAGCGGUAUCGUAGAAACAAGAGCUUUCACCAACCAAAAUGAUGCGCACAACAUUCGAUACGACCAUUCCCCUAAAGGCCACGGAACGAAAGUAGCGUCCAAAAUCGUUGGGCAGUGGGGAACCGCAAAGGGAGCGACACUGGUGCCGGUGCAGGUCAAACCGGGCGGAGACGACAUUCACAACGGGUUCGAAAGGAUUGUUGCAGAUGUAAUCAGACGGCGCAGGAAAAUACCUGGGUUUCAAGCUGUUGUCGUUAUGAGCAGCGGCACAGAACGCGCCGUCGGAGACAAUGGUUACAAGGGCUACACACGAGAAGAAGCAGAGAACGAUUACAGAGCAAAGCAACAGAUUCGCUGGAUAAAGCAGGUAUUCAGUUACGGGGUCCCCGUGGUGCUCGCUUCGGGUAAUGAAGCCGAAACUGAAGGCCGAAAAGUCAUCGACCAUUUCCCCCAGGUCUUGGAGACAGAUGACUUUCCCAUUAUCAACGUCGGGGCUGCCACGCUUGCAGGCAAAGCUGCACCUUUCUCGCAAGGCCUGGGUACCCAGCAAGAUCCAGAGAAGCGCACACAGCUGACCAUCUACGGUGUUGGAGUGGAUGUCGACGUCCACGAUCAAUAUGACGGUGCAGCAACGCAGGAUUCGGGUACGUCGUUAGCUGCACCGGCGGUGGCAGGCAUUAUUGCUACACACAUGAACUACGAAUCCUGGGACCAGAGCAAGCAAGGACCCGACCGAGUGAAAGAAAUCAAGAGAUGGAUAACCACACCUGAGUCGAGCUGGGAGCGUGCCAAAGAUCCCGACAAGCAAGUCAACAUGAUCUGGAACGGCGCCGACAAAGCAGCCCACGACAGCGUCUCCAACAACUACUGCAAAUUCAAAUACCAGAACCGAUACUUCUUCUACCGCCGCGACGACGACAACCAGGAACCCGACAGCCUAUGUACCUCUCUACUCAACGACUUUCACCAAGACGACCAAGGCGUGACGACCGACGAGAACCUCUUCGAGCAUCCGACGUGGCCGGCGGGAGAGUGGACGCUGGAUCUCUUCGGCGAGGAAUAUGUCUAUAGGAAUGAUGGGCAGAGUCCGGGAGCGCUGUUCAAGGGCGAGCAGCAAAUCAGUUGCGCCGGUGAUCUGGAAAAUCAUGGACUGGGGACCGUCCAGUCGGACUGA